GUCAUUCUAUCUUUUUUGUCGGCCACGUUUGUCACACACACAAGUCGAGAUGUCUAAAAUAUUUACCCCAACAAAUCAAAUUCGUCUAACAAAUGUAGCAGUAGUACGAAUGAAAAAAGGUGGUAAGCGAUACGAAAUUGCGUGUUACAAAAAUAAAGUCGUAUCUUGGAGAAAUAAAGUUGAAACAGAUCUCGACGAAGUUCUUCAAGCGAGAACGGUAUUCUCCAAUGUUUCCAAAGGCCAAGUUGCUAAAAAAGAAGAUCUGAUAUCUAGUUUUGGAACGGAAGACCAGAAUGUCAUCUGCCAAGAGAUUCUUGCAAAGGGAGAACUGCAGGUGUCUGAGAAAGAGCGUCAUGUUCAACAAGACUCCAUGCUAAAGGAAAUUGCCACAAUGGUGUCAGAUAAAUGUGUUAACCCUGAAACCAAAAGACCCUAUCCUGUAACCAUGAUUGAAAAAGCAAUGAAAGACAUCCAUUUCUCAGUAAAGCCCAACCGAAAUUGUAAACAACAGACUCUGGAGGUUAUAAAGAUGCUGAAGAGUCACAUGCCAAUUGAGAGGGCUCAUAUGAGGUUAAGAAUUUCUGCUCAUAAAGAAGGUAGAAAACUUAAAGAAAAGCUGUCAAAAUUGUGUACUAGCAUUGAGUCUGAAGAAUGGGAGGACAGCACUCUUAUUUUGGUAUGCUUGAUCGAUCCGGGUAAUUUCCGAGAAAUUGAAGAUCUGGUCAAGUCCGAUACAAAAGGUCAAGGGCACAUGGAACUGCUUAAUUUAAAAGAAGUAACGGAAGGAGAAGAAACGGUAGAAUAAUUAUUUUCCACGCUGUCAGUUGUCGCGAAAGGAAAAUAUACUGUUUGUUUUUUUGGUGUCAGGCGAUCGCCUUACCUAUUUGAAAAA